GAUCGUCGAGGUUCCCGCCGGGGCGGCGCAGUGUGCGGGCGCCGAGGAUGCGGUGGACAACCACUCUGCAUGCUCGCUUCGUGCACGCUGUCGAGCUCCUCGGUGGUCAUGAUAGAGCGACUCCCAAGUCAGUACUGGAGCUGAUGGAUGUGAAGGAUCUCACCUUGGCACAUGUCAAAUCUCACUUGCAGAUGUAUCGUACGAUAAAGAGUACCGACAAACCAGCGAUUUUGUCAGGACAAAAUGAUGGAUUAGAUAAUGGAUCAGCGGGUGAGAUCUCCGAUGAGAGCUUGCCGGAGGCACUUGGCACUCACCAGGGUACAGAUUAUAAUGGAACCACUGCAAAUUCGCACAGCAGCAACAGUUACAAUGGUGGUUUGUGGAGCAACUCUUCAAGCAGGGUUGGAUGGCCUGGUUUCGCCACAAAUAAUGCUGAAACUGGAACUUCAUGUCACAAUGAGGAUGCUCCGUCGAAGAGCCUCGAGAUGUCGGCUGAGAUGAACGUGUCGUGCAUCUCCGAUCAGACAUCAAGUCCACCCGGACAGCCGAACCUCGAGUUUACCCUCGGGAGGACACGCCAUUAAGCAACUAAUUAAUACAGAUUUGUAGCUAGGUUUAUUUAAUUGAUCCAAGUCAGCCAGGAUAGCUAGAUCGAGGUAAAGAUUAAAGGAAAAAAGAUGGGAUGCAGGCACAAGAAAAGAGGAAAGCAUUCGGUGAGCACUGCAACAUUCUGAUCAAGGUCAAAGGUGCCGAUGAGAUAAAAAGAGAUGUGUGUGCGUGUGUGGAAGAGAGAGAUAGAGUGAGCUAGAUAGCUUUGCUAGAGAGA